AUGGCUUCGGGAAAACUAAUCAAGCUGCUGGUGUUUGAGCUGCUUGAGUUUACUGCUUUCUGUGUCCCCACGUUAGUGAUAAUGGAACAGUUUGCUGUUGCCUAUUCCACCACGAGGCGUCCGCCUGACAAAACACAUUAUUGGCUGAUUGUUUCCUGUUCAAUUGCCUAUGUAGCUUCAGUGACUCUCUUGAUUUGGAUUCCUGUGAAAGUUCUCUUGUACAAGAAACGUCAUCUUUACCAAAAAAUCAAAGGAUGGAGACCUGUUAUGAUGAUGUGUGUAGUACUCACCACGCUUCCCAGCUUCAGCUUUUCUAUAGCAGUGACUGAGGUUCAAAAGAAUAUUAAUGGUUCCACUGAUAUGUUGCCGGAUAUGUUACCUGACCUGCCAGUCUCCCUAGUUCUGACUUGCUUGAUUGUGGUUGAUAUUAUUGAAAAACUCAGGAUAUAUCCUCUUAGAGGGAGGCAAAAGAGUAACGAAGACAGGCACAUCCAUACGACCAAUUUGCAACAAAUAAGAACUGUGACAUGUGAAGCGAAGCAAAAUGAAGAAAACCCUACUCGCCCACAGCCAGCCAGCAGGACCCACUUGUCGCGGCCACUAGGAGGCGCCACAGGGAGCUCCUCUCCUGAGCUGGAGGGACCCCAGGAGCCCACCUUUGAAUGGGGAAUCCUGAGAACGCUGUCCCAACAGGACGUGCGUGCAGAGAUCUUCCUCGGGAGCUUUCUACUCUGGGCUGACACCAUAGAAAUGGUGCGGGUGGCCGGACACCCCAGGGUGUACAAGUCAGGCUGGCUGUACGCGGUCUACAUCUUCAGUUACAUUUCUCUUCUUCGAAUGAUAUUCACUCCCCGGAACCCGCUCCUGAAUUCCUUUGUCAUCCUUCUCCAAGAUCUACCUUUUAUCUUUGUUAGACUGAGUUUAAUCAUUGUCCUGGGAACAAUCACCCCCGUAUUGGGUCUUUUUAAAAAUGUGCUGGUGACUCUGUCUUAUGUUUACUUCAAUUUCUUAACCAGAUUCAAGAUGUUCUCUACCUUUGAGAGGUCUUUUUAA